AUGCCUCCCUUAACCCUCCCCGCAGUCCUAACCCCCUCGCUCCUCUCCUCCAUCCGCGCGCACCCGCACCUACCGCAACACACCUGGUACUUCAUCGCCGGCGUCACGCUCUCGGUGCUGAACCGACCAGACGAGAUCCCCAAGGUCUUCAGCUACGCGCUCGAGCAUGGCGUCGAUGCCGCACACGAUAAGGAGCUGGGGCAGAAGGAGCUGGCGCAUGCGGAGCAGUUAAGGAUAGCGAGGAAGCUGCGGGAGAGCCUUGUCAAGAGCGCUGCUAUUGUUGGGUUGCCCAAGACUAUCAACGCCCUUCUCUCCCUCAAGUCCGCCACGCCCCCCUCGCUGCACGAUGAGCCAAUGGCCUACUCGCCCAGCGCGCGCAUCGUCGAGGUUUACGACAUGCCGUCGUCGCAGAUACUGCAGCGGGGGCAGCGGUUCUUUGAUAAGGUGUAUGGGAAGGUGAGUAAGAGGGUCAUGGGGCAAAUGGAUAGAUCUGGCACGGAGGAUCUGGGGGUCGUGGCCAGGCUGAUGUAUGGGUAUUUAUUGAGUAAUACGCGGGUUUUGAGCCCGAUGGAGAGUAGUUUUGUGCUGUUGGCGGGGUUGAUACCGCAGGAUGUCAACCCUCAACUGAAAGGUCAUCUGAAGGGCGCGCUUAAUAAUGGAGCAACUGUCGAAGAGGUACGCGCCGUGAGAGAGAUUGUGAUUAGGAUAUGUGAGGCAUCAGGCAUGAAGAAGCUGCCUGAUGAUGCGCCUCAAGGCUGGGGUUGGCGAGGUGAGGUUGCCAAUCUUUGA